AUUUAUUGGUCGCUGCGGAGGAAUCUAGAAAGUUCCGUCAUAAAUUAUGCAAAUUCAGAAUAAAUCUGCGCAUGAAAACGUAAGUUUGAUUCUCUUGGGCCUACGUGUUGAGCUGACCGACAAAAACAAAUUAUGGCUGUGUAUCAGGGCAACGGGCCACCCACUAUAUUGGCAUGUAAUGCUAACUCAGACCGUGGCUGGAAUGACCCCCCUACUUUGGCAUUUGCUUCACCAACUUCAAGCACAUCAACACCACGAAAAAGACUUGAUUUGAGAAAACGUGUUGCACAUGACUGUAUCAGUGGACCAGGAAUCAACACAGGAAUGGCAAAUCUAUCACUUGGGCAGAACCCGCCAAACCAAAAUAUACAUGGUCAACAGAAUACUUAUUAUCAAAGUCAGAAUUACAAACCAAGUACACCAAAUGUGAACAGUACCUAUCCACCUUUGUAUAAUCCAAGUGCCAGCCAGCCACCGUCAAUCAAAAGUUCAUUGAACCCAUAUGAGCCGACUGGUAAUGGGCAUCCCCAAAUGCCCAAUGCAUAUGGUGGACACAGCCAAAUGCCAAUGAGUGGUUCCAUGACACCACCAGUAUUGAUGGAUCAACACCACAGCACACACCUUCCACAUGCAGCAAGUAUGCCUAAUUUGCAUAGAAGUCUCAGUGCUUCUCCACAGCCCCCAAUGAUACAAAAUAUUGCUCCACCUAUUUUCAGUGUAAAUAACCCUUCGCAGCAAGUUGCAACAGUAGGUGAAUCAUCUGCUGUUUCUGGUCAGACAAGCUCUGCUGCAAUUGAUCCUUUCCAUGUGGGUCAGCCACUUGUCAACUUCAGUGCAAAAAAUACAAGUUCUGCCAUAGGAGAUUUAGGGAAUGGUAGUUAUCAACCAGUGCCACCAAUUCCAGUCGAAAGAAUAAAUGAACAAGCUCAAAUGAAUAAAACAGUGCCUUCUCUGUCUACAGAAUACUAUGAACAUCCACAUCAUGUUCGUAGUAACUCAUUACCAGAUUUCAAACCAAUUAUGAAUGGACCUCCUCCAGUCACUGCACCUCCAGUGGAAGGUUACUAUGCUAGUAAAUCAUCCUCAGCUUGUGCAUCAAGGCAAAGAACACCAUCACCUCUUACAAACCAGACAGGGCAGAUAGAUCAACCUGUUUCUAAAGGCAUUGAUUUGGAACUUUAUACAAAUAUAAUGGAUCAGUUGCAAUUUGCCCUUGAUAAGUGUUCAGUAAAGCUGGAAAAGAGACUUUAUGAUGAUGUGAAAAGAAAGCUUGAUGUUUUAGGACAACAAUGGACCAGCGAAAAAUUCUCCCAGGAUAUUAUAAAUCGAAUUGUUUCCAUGACUGAAGCAAUAUCGAAUGGUAAUUAUGUUGAAGCAAACAGAGUCCAGCAAUCCCUAAUUGUUGACUAUUCAAGUGAGGUCAGUCAGUGGAUGGUUGGAAUAAAAAAGAUAAUAAUCACUUGUGAAAAUCUCUGAACUUUCAUUUACACAAUAUCUCCUAACUUAAGAAAUAUAUAAAUUAUAUACUUGUGUAAUCCCCAAAUUUAUAUCUGGUGUAGUAAACUUUGCAUGCUGAAGAUUCUUUAUUUUCA